GGGUCAGUAUGGUCCAGUUCGAACGCCAACAUUUUUAUUAGUACCAUAUCGUCGACCACUCGCGACCAGUUAUCCGCACUUUUACACGUGCAUCUGUGUUCGCGCGUUAAGCUUACGCACGCUCUCUUAAAAUGUCAUUUUCGGUGUUUAAAAAAAAGAAGAUAAUUUUUAUAUUCUCAAAUGCGCUCUAAGACUUCGUUUUUUAUAUUAAUUUAUUUCUAUUAUUUAGUGCGCGUGUUUGGUGUUGUGUUGUGUUAGUGCAUUUCUUAAAUUAUUAGUCACCAUGGAAUUUUAUACGGAAUUUUUUUAUAUGGUUUUAGUAUUAUUUGUGGCUACAAGCGAUGUUCUUUGUGAGAAAAACACGACUGACGAACGCGUGAAGCGAAACAACAACGAAUUCCACGCACACCCUGUACAAAGCAGAAAAGCAAACGAUGUGAAAGCAUUUUCGCCGCCAUCGCUCAAUAAAUUACAACCACCUAGUCCAACUAGUCAAGUUAGGCCUCAUACACGUUCGAAACCAAUUCAUGUUCCUCCUUACGCAGUGAAAAUGGAACCUUUGGUGCAGUACUCCCAGAGAGAUCCGCUCUAUCACGAUAAAGAAGUACAAUUCAAUAUCACCUCGAUUAGUGAAAAACACUCCAAAGAGGAUACGUUCGCAGAGUCGACGAAUAAUUUUGUCGAUUACUCUCCUCAUUAUGGUACGCCUAAUUUCGAUCACGGGUAUCCUCCACAUCAUUAUUACAAAGAACCAGAACCGAUAAUUGAAAUUAUCAUCAAAGAAUCAAACGAAUCGUUACCAGCGCCACCACCGGUGACCACAUUACCAACGCCUAAACCAUCGAAAGAACCUAUUCAAGUGUUCUACGUGAAAUACAAGAAAAAUCCCACAGCUCAGUAUGGUAAAGAUGAGGUCAUCUAUGAAGAACCUAUUCCCGCGUUGACUCCUGUUUCUACAGAUAUUGUAGAAAGCCAUCCAACGGAGGCAACCUAUCCUACAGCGCCAUACACGAACCCUCCCCCACCAAGUACCACCCUAAGGACCAUUAUAAGACCGGAUUCGGAAAUUUACCACGGUACCGGAUUAAAAGUGACAUUUGGUAAACACGAUGAAGGAAUUUCCAGUUACGAGCACAGAUCGAUCGAAGCUCAGAAACGAGAUUCCAUUGAUACACCAGAAACCUCAGAUUUCAAGCCAUCCAGUGUAGAUCCUGAGCCACCUCAAACACCAACUAAACAUUUACUCGAACAGAGGCAAAGUCAAAAUGAUUUUGUGAGAUUUGUGAACAGUAAUCCUGAACCACCUCAAAGUCAUUCUCAACCAAGGCCCAAUUCUCCUCAUAAUAUUGGUUUACCUUUGCAAUUCGAAGAUGGAUCUUAUGAAAAACCUCCGCCACCAACUUUCAACACAAAUGCUAAUCAUCCUCAGCAAAGGAACGUCUUCCCUUCACAAAUACCAUUCCGUCCUCAGCAUACCAUAAACUUCCCAACACAGAAUAAUGAAUUUACUCCAUUCCAACAUCCGGGAAAUAAUCUUCAAAAUACCAAACAACAUUCGGAAUUGAGUCAACCUCCGUUCCAACAUAAUGCUAAUGGCAAACCAUCUCCUCAGAAUCCAGAAUUCACUCCCGAAGUUCGUCAAACUCAUUUCCAGCAUCCGAUCAAUGUCCCUCAAGCUAAAGUAUAUCCGCGUAUUACUCAUACUCAAGCCAUCUUACCCCAAACACCAUUCUCUCAAGGCUCUCCUUUCGCUCCUCAAUUCCCUGGUCAAGAGUCAUCAUUUGGUGGAAACAAACAUGGCUUUUCAGCUUCCAAUGAUGUGACUCGUUUACAGCUUCAAAAGCAAAACGACCCAAAUAAGCAUAAUUCGGCAAUCCCAUUCAGUUCACAAAUUCAACACCAUCAACAAAUACCAUUCAGAGGCGAUUUCUCUCAAUUCCAAAAUCAAAAAAUCCAAUUCCAACAACCGUUGCUGCACCAAACACCUCUACAUUUGCAGCAACAACCUCAACAUUUACAACCCCAACCACAACAUACACAACUUCAGCAACAACACAUUCAACCUCAACCACAGCCUCAACACUCGCAAUCUCAGCAACAGCACAUUCAACCUCAAUCACAACAUACUCAAUUGCAACCACAACUAGCCCAACCCCAGGCACAACACAGCUCUUUGCAGCAGCAGCAACAACAGCAGCAGCAGCAACAGCACGCUCAACUAUCACAACACACCCAUCUUCAACCUCAACACAUCCAGUUCCAACAGCAACAUGCUCAGCUUCAAUUACAACACUCUCCAGCCCAAUCUCAACACCCUCAAAGUCACUCUCAUCAAAAUCAAUCACCACCAUCCCAUCAACCCCUAUCACUCCCACCUUCAUAUGCUCAAGAAAAACCUUUAAUCGAUCGACCAAAAUACUACGAUAAACAGAAGCCUCAAACUAAUCAAAAACCAGUUCUACAACGAAAACCUCUCGAUAGUGAAAAAUACCAAACAUUAGAUUAUCUGAACCAGUUGCAAACGGAGAAACCUUUCUCACAAAGGAAACCUAUCGACAGUGAAAAAUUCCAAUCUCAAGAUUACCUCAACCAGUUGCAAACUGAGAAACCUCUUCUGCAACGAAAACCUAUCGAUACUGAGAAAUUCCAACUGCAAGAUUAUUUCAACCAGUUCCAAACUGAAAGAACAGAAAGCAAACCUCAACAAUCUGUUGCACAACCAAACUAUAAAGAAGUAGUAUCUGCAAAUAGACCAAGACAGCCUCAAAAAUCAACUCAAACCCAGCAAAGUACCAAGAACAAAAACGAAUCUCCUCAAUUCCAAGAUGGUCAAAUAUAUCAAUCGAUAUCUCAAUCUGAAGAACAUCAAAUUUUAAAUCAAAUCGAACAAUACAAUUCUAAUACACAACAGAAACCAACUCAAAAUCAAAACAUUCAAUACAUAAGCUCUCCUCAGGAAACUUUCAAUUUCAACAAACCACCAAAACAAUCAUUCGAACAAUUCACUGUGUACACGACUCCAAAACCAGCGACAAAAAAAGAAAAGGCAAAUGUUACCUAUACAGUUGUAACAAAACCAACAGUCAAUAAAAAAGAGAAAAAUGAUACGAAAAAUCUACCAGCUGCAUUGGCAGCAUUACCAGCCGAAGUACCAGAUGAUUUAAGGGAGCAACUAUUAUCAUCUGGUAUUUUAAGUAAUGCUGAUAUUCAAAUUUUAGAUUACGAUAAAGUCGGAGAUAUUCCAAUUGAGAGUUUACCUCCAGAAGCAUUGGAAAACUUAUACGGAGCCGGUAGCGCUCCUGUGCCAUCUUUCGCAUUUCCAAAUACAACUAAAUCUGUGGAGAUGAAAGUUGUAAGGUAUAAUUCUACUGAUCCAAAUAUUCAGUCCUCGUAUGUGCAAGAGGAUUCGACUGAAGUUGAUCCAGUAGUGUUGAACGAUUCUUCGUAUAAUCGUUACUUACCACUGAAAGUUAAAGGAUCUCAAUUUCCUAUACCAGAUAGUCCAUUACUAAAAAAUAAGAAAAUAACGAGCGUUGUUGUGCUGGCGCCAGUUGACUAUGAUUACGUUCAACAACAAGAACAAAGAAAGGGUAAAAGUGUUCCUCAAGUACAUGGUGUUCGUUUCAUUUCAGGAGAGAGUCUGAGAACGUUGGUGAAAAGUCCAACGACAGAUAACUUCUUGAAUUGGAUUGAAAAAGAGAAGGAAACUCCACCUCAUAAACAGUCUGUCAUCCUAUUAGUAACCAAUUCAACUAACGAUGACCCAACGGAGAGAACUGAUAAAGAAAUCUUCAUGUACGAUAUUCCUACCGGCGAAAUUAGUAAAUUAGAAGGAGAACUGAGUUCAGCAUUUGUAAAUGUAGCAGAAUCAAACGCAGAAAGUGAAGAUUUAGAUAAUCUUUCAGAAAACUCAGACGGAAGUACCCCUGUUUCCAAAAUGACGUCUAUUCCAGUAUAUGGAACAAUGUCAGAACAAUUUAAAACAAAAUCAAGACCAUCUUCGUAAUGAGCUAGUUGAUUUUUUUUCUUUUUCUUUUUUUUUCCUUGUAAAAAUGUAUAGAAAAUUACCUUUCUCCAUGUGAUAAUUUCUUGUAAAUAUGAUUUUUUUUAUCCUAACUAUUUGAAAUGCCUAUUUAAGUUGAAUUUUUACAGUAUGUAUUAUUUGUCGUAAUUGUUUAAAUUGUGAUUCGCAGUUCGAAUGUCAUUACAAAAAAAAAAUGAUAUUUGUUGCAAUUGUAUGUUUUAAUUUAUAAUUUUAGGAGUUGAAUAAAUUUUGCAAGUUCAAGAAUUGGAAAAAAUACCGGACUUGAGAUAUUUAUUUAUAUAAUUUUUUUUCCUUAAAAAUUGAUAGGUACCUACCUAUAGGUGUAUCAAAAUAUUUUCUUGAGGUGAGAAAAUUUUUUACUGUUUUUACUUAUACCUACACAACAACAUACCAGCUACCAACAUGUAUUGUAUGGCCUAAGUACUACAUACAUAUACAGGCAUUUGUUCUAUUUUUUAUUUUUAUUAAAUUAAAAUAAGAGUAAGACUGUAUUUUUUUUUUUUACUCUAAAUGAAAAAAUAUUCACAUGUGACAUGUACCAGAGGCGAAUCUCAAAUUUUAUGUUAAAUUUUGAAUUAUUAUUUUUUUACAUGAAACAACGAUUACAAAAAAUUAGAUUGUG